UGGUACUCUUGGUAGUAGCAGUGCUCUUGGCGGUGGUGGUGUCUCUUGUGGUGCUCCUGGUGGUGCCUCUUGUGGUGCCUCUUGUGGUGCCUCUGGUGGUGCCUUUUGUGGUGCUCCUGGUAGUGCUCUUGGUAAUGGUAGUAUCCUUGGUGGUGGUGGUACCCUUUGUGAUGCUCUUGGUAGUGGUGUCCUUUGUGAUGCCUCUGGUGGUGCCCUUGGUGGUGCUUGUAGUAGUAGUAAUAUUUCUUGCACUCUUGGUGCUCUUGGUAGUGGUGGUACCCUUGGUGGUACUCAUAGUAAACUUGGUGGAGACGAGACUUGGUGGCAACGAGAAAUGAGACUUGGUGGAGACGAGA